AAGUUUAGUACGUUGCGAGUUUUCAUUGCAGUUCGAAGCGCGCACAGCUGUACAUUUCUUUAAUUUCAUUACGAUUAUCUCCUUUCUUGCACCGUAUCGCUUUGUUUCCGACAUUUCAGAACAAAAGAAUCUAUUCGGAAGAGUAAGGGGAACAAGCUUCGAGGUUUCAUUCAUGAAAAGGGUGCGUUUGAUUUAUUUGACACGUGAUACCGGGGAGUGACGAAAUUUGGUUGCGUGGGAGGGAAUGCAAAGAGGAAGGGUUUUCGCGUAACCGAGAGAAUAUUGCGUCGUUGGCUGUCACGAAAGACACGCGCUCGCGGUGCACAGCUGAGGUGCAAACGUCAUUUGCCCUCUCGUGGCGUUCGUGCCAAGCUCGCGUUGCAAUCUUGCAUACAUACAGUUAUAUUAAGCACAUCUCGUCGUCCUAUAUAAAACAUAUAUAUAAACAUAUGUAUAUGUUAUUCCAUAUAUAAACGAACAAAACGUGAAAACGUGUACUGCAGCAAAAUAUAGCUUCGCGCCUGCGCGCGCCCACGCGCUCUCCGUGCGAGCGAGAGAAAACGAAAACACACGCGCGUGCACUCUUCCGUCUCCCCUCCGCGACGUUCUUUAACACACACACACACACACACACACAAACACGCACACACACACACAAAACAUACACACUCGUCAUCCACAUACAUCUCGCCUCUGUAACGACGAGGAAAAAUCAAAACAAUCAAAAUGGCCGAUCCAAGUAACGAGGCUGCCUCGUCGAGCGGCAUUGCCGAGACAAAUGUUGGUCAACCAACAAUACGUGACGAUAUUGAAAAGAUCGAGGACUUUAUCGAGCCUGACAAGAAACGUAGAAAAGUACUUAAGGCCGAUGGAAAGACGGAACAAAAGUUGGAACAUCGCCUGGGCGGUAUUCUGUGCUGUGCCGUUUGCCUCGAUCUGCCCAGGGCUGCUGUUUACCAGUGUACCAAUGGGCACUUGAUGUGCGCCGGUUGCUUCACUCAUGUACUGGCCGACGCGAGAUUACGAGACGAGCAAGCAACAUGCCCCAACUGCAGGAUCGAGAUAAGCAAAACUUCGGCCUCGAGGAAUCUCGCUGUCGAGAAAGCCGUCUCCGAAUUACCCGCUGAAUGCCAAUUUUGCGCCAAGGAAUUCCCUCGCAACUCACUCGAACGCCACGAGGAGUCCAUGUGCGAUGAAAGAAUAUCGAGCUGCAAAUACAGCCGAAUUGGGUGCCCUUGGCGAGGACCGAAUCACGAAGGGCCGGAACACGAGGCACACUGCGUUCAUCCUCAUCGUACUGGCGCGGACGUGAUGGAAGCACUCCGGGACAUAGACGCGAGAACCCUCGAGGAACGCAGGCUUUACGACAACGUUUUCGAUCUCCUGUCAUACGAAAAGAUCACGUUUAACGACCUCCAAAUGAAACCUUACCGAACCGACGAAUUCGUUCACAAGAUAUUUUACGAGACGUCGCGUUUCACUGCGUUCAACAAUCAGUGGGUUGUUAAAGCACGAAUCAAUAAUAGCCAACGCGAUCCGACCCAGAGCUCGGAACGUGAUAUGACUUAUCAGUUGAUACUGAAAACAAAAACGACUUAUCCUCUGCCCCUUCAUUACUUGAUACUGAAGGGUCCGUUUGGCGAUAUGAAAGUGCAGCCUCGAAUUCACCGGUUUGAUUUCAACGAGCAGGAAAAUGAAAGCGCUUAUUUACCUCUGCCUCUGCCCGACACCGCCGAGUGCAACAGGCUCUUAGCAGCCAAAGCCAUCAGUUUCCGAUUGAUUAUGUUCUUGGCGUCCAAGUAGUCCGACUCUCGUAUUAUCUAAUCGACAUUCUGGCGAGGUGAUAAUUCGUCAACGCGACCUCCUUCAUUUCAACGUCUCUAAAUUCUUAAUAAAUAAAUAUAUAUAUACAUGUAUGUGUAUAUAUAUAUAUAUUGAGGUGACAACUCGAGUGGAGUCUCGAGUUUUUUGGUACGAAAAAUCGUGCUUUAAAAAAAUUGAUUGCAUUCUUGAGGAAGAAAAAGACACUUUCAUUGAAGAAUUUAACACGCGGCGCGUGGUAAAUGAAGAUUUAAAGAAAAUGAUUGCAGAAAAAAAUAGCACUGAAAAAAGUUUCAAUGCAGAAAACAUUUUAUCGUUCAAAUAUUAAAAUACGAUUAUUUCUAAUACAUUUUUGUUAAUCUUUCUCAGUAUGGCAAAUGGUUUAACCUAAUUUUUAAUUUCGCCAUUAAAAAUUGUAUUUUCUUGUGAUUUUGUAUGUAACAUUAGAAAAACGACAGAUUUAUGUAUGAUUUAAGAAAAUAUUAACGAUUGCGGGAGAAAAAACUCGGCAAUAAUGACUGAAAAAUAGUGACAUUUUUUGGUCGACGUUAACAGAAAAAUGUUUGGCCUAUUUCUGUUGCUUUUUGGCUACAAAAAUUACGCGUUGUUUUGCCCAGUUCUUUCACACAAAAUUAAGAAUCUCUGAAUGAUGUUGGCAGUCGAAUAAGUUUAUUGUUUGAAUUUUAUGAUAAUCAAUCUUUUUCUUUGGUAAGGACAAGACUGUCAAUGCCUUUUUGGAUUAUCUUUAGUCUGCGUUGGAGCCUAUUAUAUCAUGAUUAUGGAAACUUACCUGCCCGCGUGCUAGGUGUUUUGCAAUAGAUAGAAUUCAUACAUAGAUAAUUGUAAUCGCAUAGAUUUAAAUAAAGAUUAAUCCUCUAUUAAA